AUGGCAUUCCAGCCAUACAGGCGCACGAAUGGAUCCAGUGGGAAGGAUGUCAGAGCACCCAGACGAGUUCUACUGACCAACGACGAUGGCCCAGACUCACCCUUCUUCAAGACCUGGGUGCCAGCAAUAAAGGAGAUCACAGGGUGGGAGACCUUUGUGUGCCUGCCAGCGGGCCCUGAGAGCUUUGUGUCCAAAGCCCUUGCCAAGGGACCGAUCCAGGUGUCCAGGAUAGAGGAGGGUGUGGUUCAUGUGAGCGGGCCGCCGGCGACUUGUGUGAACAUCGCCUUGCACAAUCUGGGGCUCACAGAUGUAGACUUGGUGAUCAGCGGGCCCAAUGUUGGCCACAACACUGGCCUGUCAUCGCUGAUGUCAUCUGGGACCGUGGGAGCUGCACUGGAGGGGGCACUGGCUGGAAAAAAGGGAGUUGCUCUUUCAUUUCCCUUCUUCAACGGCUGGGAGAACUGGAACCAGGAGGACAUAGAUAGUGCAAUCCAGGUUGCAGGGAAGGUGGUGACAGAUCUGUGGUGGGACUGGCGCCCUUCCGUGGAGCUGUACAACGUCAACGUGCCCCUUGGAUUCAGGGAUGAAAAGGGGCAGCGAGUGGAACCAGAAGUCAUCUUCACAACCAUCGACCGCGCGUCCUACACCUCUCUGUACAGACAGAGCGAGACAGAUCCGGACUCAUUUGUGUGGGCGCCAAAGGGCUUGAGAGUGUUCCAGACAGAUGACAGCGAGCUGCAGAGAGGGGCUGAUGUGCACACAAUCAAGCACGGCAAUGUGAGCGUGACACCAAUGGUUGCUCAGUUUGCUGAGUCUCCGCACUUCGAAUAA